CAGGAUCUGUGUAACGUGAGGAGCUGCUAGAGCCGCAGUGCUAGGGAAUAGUAGUACUAGGGAAUAGUAGUACUAGGGAAUAGUAGUACUAGGGAAUAGUAGUACUAGGGAAUAGUAGUACUAGGGAAUAGUAGUACUAGGGAAUAGUAGUACUAGUGAAGUGGCGGCAGUCAGAAGCUAAUCUGGGAGAUUUAUGGAGCAGGAGGGCAGGAGAUGGUUCAGAAGAAUUGCUUAAUGUUGGCCAGACUGACAAUUGAAAGAGAUGACCUCAAUAGCUGAUACCCUGCUGGACCCAUCCAAGUCUGUGUUCCUGGAGUUCAGCCAUGGACCUACAUCUUCCCCUCAGUCCCAACACUCUCCAGUCUUGGCACAUGGACAUUACCCACUACAUGGCUUUCUUCCAAGUGCUCAUGAAGGUCUCUUCUCUCCUGGAGCCUCCAGUUUCGGAGGUAGGACUUUGGCAUUCCCUUAUGCCCCUUCCAGCCACCACCAGCAGCAGCAGCACCAUAAUGGCAGUUCCUACCUGAAUUACCAGCAGUACUCCAGCACCAUUGGCCCUAGUGCCCGGCUCCAUGAAGACCAAGAGAUGGAGAAAUCUACGGUCAUAGAAAAUGGGGAGAUCCGAAUAAAUGGCAAAGGCAAGAAAAUUCGCAAACCACGGACGAUAUACUCCAGUCUGCAGCUGCAGGCGCUAAAUCAGAGGUUCCAGCAGACACAGUAUUUGGCCCUGCCGGAGCGAGCAGAGUUGGCGGCCCAGCUUGGACUGACACAGACACAGGUGAAAAUCUGGUUUCAGAACAAGAGGUCCAAAUGCAAGAAGAUAGUAAAACUAGGCCCCAGUGUGCAGGACGAAGACCAGCCAACCAGCUCAUCCUCAUUGACUCCAUGUUCUCCAAACAUGCCCUCAUUAUGGGAUAUUCCCUCAACUGUAAAAUCUGCUCCACUUUCCUGUAACUACUUGAACAGUUUCAGUCCUUGGUAUCAUCCUCAUGACCCGAUGUCAAGACAAUCGAUGAUGUGAUGAUGUUUCUAGAAAUGGUGGAUCUUGUGCCGACGUCCAGCAAGGGCCAUGUAGACUGAGUAUUUACGUCUCCCAUGGAGAAGUGCAUUCUAACUUACCACUUGUUUUAAUGCGUUGGAUCGCUUGCAAAGACUUUCUUCUGUUUGAAGGAAUGAACUUUCCACAUGUGCAAAUGACGCCUUAAUUUAAUUUUCCCCCCUUUAUUUUUAAUAGCUGUAAUACCCAAUGGAAAAUAUUCAAUCCAUUAUAAAUGCUUUUUUUUUUUUUCAUGUUAUGUUUAAUGAAUUGCAGACUAUUAUGUUAUUUUAAACUCUAAUAUAGGCUUCUUCCUUUUUUUACCUCAAAAGAUUGAUGUCGGGUGUAUACACAUAUUUAAUUAUUUGUGUACAUACAGAUCAUGCACAUUUUAUUCUUAAUUUAUUUGGUAUCAUGAUUUCUCAAGCUCGUACCUUCUUAAGCUAGGACAUGCUCAAGCUAGGACAUUCUCAAGUUUGGACUUGCUCAAGCUAGGACCCUCUCAAGCUUAGACUUGCUCAAGCUAGGACCUUCUCAAGCUAGGACCUUCUUAAGAUCAGACUUGCUCAAAUUAGGACUUUCUCAAGCUUGGAAUUGCUAAAGCUAUGACAUUUUCAAGCUUGGACUUGCCCAAGCUAAGACCUUCUCAAGCUAGGACAUUCUCAGACUUAAACUUGCUCAAGCUAGGAUCUUCUCAAGCUAGGACCUUCUUAAACUUAGACUUGCUCAAAUUAGGACUUUCUCAAGCUUGGAAUUGCUAAAGCUGUGACAUUUUCAAUCUUGGACUUGCCCAAGCUAAGACCUUCUCAAGCUAGGACAUUCUCAGGCUUAGACUUGCUCAAGCUAGGACCUUCUCAAGCUUAUACUUGCUCAAGCUAGGACCUUCUCAAGCUUGGACCUUCUAAGGCUAGGACCUCCUCAAGCUAGGACCUUUUUCAGGAUUUUGACAACUUGUUUUCUGAUCCUAAGAGAGAUCCUGGACUUGUACUCUUACCUUAUGUAUAUGUUUACUUAACCCAACAAGGAUAAAGGCCCCUGCCACAUGGGUCAUAGUACCUCUUUUAACUUCAAACCUCUAGACAUAAGCUCAGAUUACAUCCUUGCAUCUAAAUAAGCAUAAUAUUUUCCAUUACCACUAUUUUAUUUAUACAUAUGCAGACCCAGAACACUCUAAUUCAGCUUGAAAAUAUCCUGGUUAUGAUUAUUAUUAUUAUUAUUAUUAUUAUUAUUCUUGUUGUUAUGUGGUAUACCCAUUCCAUUUAAUGUAUGCAAUUUAAUUUUUCAGUGCUUUGAAUGGAAAAAUUCAAUAAUAGGCUAUUAAAAUUUGCAGUAGAAGCUAACAUUACUGCCCAAUCAUAUGAAAUCCUGCCUUCUCACCAAAGAAAUGGUCACCAGGGCUCAUUUUAAAAUUUCUUACAUACAGUCAAUUCUGCAGUUUGAGGAACCCAAUGGAUGCACCAAAUACACGUUUGGAGAUAAUUCCCCCCCUUUGUGACUAGGGAAAACAGAGGGCCCCUUUUAGGGUGAUGAAUAACUUCUUUUGUUACAUACAUGGGAUUAGACAGCCGGCACUAGAGAAGAUCAGAGGGUAACACGAUGUACCUGUCCCUUUAGAUGUCAGCACUUCAAAACCGUUCCAUCAGCGGCCGCUGCUCGGAGAUGGGCAGAGUCUUGUCUCUGGGGGAGGAAUGUAUCGGUGGGAAUGUGUCUGGGCGCAGGAUUCCAGGUGUGCACUUUAAGGAUCCUUGUUUUGCCUUCACACUGUCUGGAGGUCUGGGAUGAGUCCUUUUGUGCCAUGUUGUAUUUGUAACAGAGGGCCCGGCCACCGCUGAAUUACAACUGUGAAAAGAUGUUUAUACAACUAUAUAAAUCAUGUCAAUGUGUCAUCCAGAGCUGCAUCCAACGCAUAAUUAUUCAACGUUAUAUUAUACACACAUUGCUAUAAAACCAAGUGCUAUAAAUAUUACUCCAGUUACCCAGUCUCGUGUGUUAUUUUACAUGUUAUAUCAUCAACAUGUUUUAUUAUCAAAUGUAAAUCUCCAUUCAUUUCUUUGUGUAAAAAAAGAACCUGGACAAAAACCUAACAUAGACCCUCCAUGUAAAUAGGAGAAUUCAAAAUAAGAAGAGACCCACUACUAGUAAAGCAGUAGCCCAAGUAUUUAUAACGUUAGAAAG